AUGAUUGCUCCUAGACAAUUCAAACAGUUCAAUAAGGCGGUCGAGGCUUGUUCAAUCACAGAAAGCAGCUUGAACCAUCAUCUGAUGGUCAAGACUACCCCCAGAGAAGAGAAGGGAGGUCAGGGAGGUCAGGGUGGCACCUCAUCUAAUCCAAGUAAGAAGAGAAAGCAACCAUGGAACAACCACAAGAAUAAGAAAGGUGGUAAGCUACCGAAGGGCAAGGAGUGUACAAAGUGUGGCAAGAAUCAUGGUGACAGAUCAUGCAUGGCUGGACAGAAUAUUUGCUAUACAUGCAGAAAAACUGGACAUUUCUCGAGAGAAUGCCCACAGAACACUGAAAAGGCACGACCAUGUACCCAAGGCAGAGUGUUUGCCCUCACAAGGGAAGAAGUUGAAAGUCCUCGAAGAUGA